UCUAGCUUUACGUUAGUGUGUGCGCGGAGAGCUAACAGCGCUGCUGCCGCACACAGAGCGACACGCAGAGGCUCAGUCCGACCGACUUUGGAUAUUUUGGGGGUUUGUGGAGAAGCCUGGACGGAGAAAAGAGGCAGGAAGACACCGGAAAACAGAGAUUUAAGUCGGGUUGUUACGGCGGAAUGGCGGACCGGGACCCGGUGCCGCUUCCUGCGGAGGUGCGGGCCAGACUGGCCGAGCUGGAGCUGGAGUUAUCCGAGGGUGAUAUCACACAGAAGGGCUAUGAGAAGAAGCGAUCCAAGCUGAUUGGAGCCUUCUUCCCACAAACACCAGGAAUGGACCCGUCCACAGGCCAGGAGAAGAGAACCCCGGUCACCCCGUCCUCGUCCUCCCGGUACCACCGCCGGCGGUCUUCUGGCUCCAGAGACGAACGUUACCGAUCAGACGUGCACACAGAGGCGGUCCAGGCGGCCCUGGCCAAGCACAAAGAGAGGAAGAUGGCGGUGCCGAUGCCUUCCAAGCGCCGGUCGUUGGUGGUCCAGACCUCAAUGGACGCUUACACACCCCCAGAUACAUCCUCAGGUUCGGAAGGCGAGGGUCCGGGCGACGCCGAUGGGGAGGAGGGCGGAGACGGCGAGGAAGAGGACGGAGGCGGAGGCGGCGGCGACGGGACCGGCCGCGAGGGGAGCAUCAGCAUGGAGCACUGGAUAAACCGGGCCAUCCACGGCACCUCCUCCACCACCACCACCACCUCCUCCACGGCCUCCUCCUCCUCUUCCUCCACGCGCAGCGGGGGCAGCGGGGCGGCUGGCGGCAGGCUGGCCGACGUCCUGGCCCAGCACGUCCACAUCUCCGCCCACCACAACCGCCACCACCACCACCACCACCACCACCAUCACCACCACCAUCGCAAGACAGGCCUUUUAUCCCACCCCUCUUUGAGGAGGAGGAUGAGGCUGUCUGUGCCUGUGAGCACGGUAGGGAAUGGAAACUCUGGGCCGGGACGCUCCGAGAACCACUCUGCCCCUCCAGAUGUCACCAGCUACACCAACAACACGGCGGCCGACGACAUCCAGGUGGAGAGAGCCCCGGGCGCCGGCACCGCGGCCCAGAGACAGACGCCAAAGUACGGCAACGCCGAGCUGAUGGAGACCGGAGACGGUGUACCAGUAAGCAGCAGAGUUUCAGCCAAAAUUCAGCAGCUGGUCAACACGCUAAAGAGACCCAAACGGCCGCCGUUGAGAGAGUUUUUUGUCGACGACUUCGAGGAGCUUCUUGAAGUCCAGCAGCCAGACCCUAACCAGCCCAAGGCGGAGGGGGCCCAGAUGGUGUUGCUGCGGGGCGAGCAGCUGGGCGUGGUAACCAACUGGCCCCCGUCCCUGGAGGCGGCCCUGCAGAGGUGGGGCACCAUCUCUCCCAAGGCGCCCUGUCUCACCACCAUGGACAACAACGGCAAGCCGCUCUACGUGCUCACCUACGGAAAGCUGUGGGCCAGAAGUGUGAAGGUGGCCUACAACCUGCUCCACAAACUGGGAACCAAACAGGAACCGCUCGUCAGACCUGGAGACCGGGUGGCGCUGGUCUUCCCCAACAACGACCCCGCUGCCUUCAUGACGGCGUUCUACGGCUGCCUGCUGGCCGAAGUCGUCCCCGUGCCAAUAGAAGUACCGCUGACCCGGAAGGAUGCGGGCAGUCAGCAGAUCGGGUUUCUGUUGGGGAGCUGUGGCGUGACUGUGGCUCUGACCAGCGACGCCUGCCAUAAAGGCUUACCUAAGAGUCCCACUGGAGAGAUCCCACAGUUCAAAGGCUGGCCCAAGUUGCUGUGGUUCGUCACAGAGUCCAAACACCUCUCCAAACCCCCCCGAGACUGGUUUCCACAUAUCAAGGACGCCAACCAGGACACGNNNNGUGUGCAGUAUAAGACCUGUAAGGACGGCAGUGUCCUCGGUGUGACGGUGAUGAGGAUAGCCAUGCUCACACACUGCCAGGCCCUCACACAGUCCUGCUCAUACACAGAAGCUGAGACCAUAGUGAAUGUAUUAGACUUCAAGAAGGAUGUAGGACUGUGGCACGCCGUCCUGACUAGUGUGAUGAACAUGAUGCAUGUCAUCAGCAUUCCCUACGCUCUAAUGAAGGUCAACCCUCUGUCAUGGAUCCAAAAGGUCUGCCAGAACAAAGCCAAGGUGGCGUGCGUGAAGUCGCGGGACAUGCACUGGGCUCUGGUGGCCCACCGGGAGCAGCGGGACAUCAACCUGAGCUCCCUGCGCAUGCUGGUGGUGGCUGACGGUUCAAAUCCCUGGUCCAUCUCGUCCUGUGACGCCUUCCUCAACGUGUUCCAGACCAAAGGUUUGAAGCCCGAGGUCAUAUGUCCCUGUGCCAGCUCCCCCGAGGCCCUGACUGUAGCUUUAAGGAGACCCGUGGAGGAGGGCAGCGACCCCCCAGGCCGCGGGAUCCUGUCCAUGCAGGGCCUGAGUCACGGCGUGAUCCGGGUGGACUCGGAGGAGAAGCUGUCGGUGCUCACGCUGCAGGACGUCGGCUCCGCCAUGCCCGGGGGCAUGAUGUGCGUGGUGAAGUCCGAAGGUGUUCCUCAGCUCUGUAAAACGGACGAGAUCGGAGAGCUGUGUGUUUGUACUGUUGCCACGGGAACGUCCUACUACGGUCUGGCCGGCUUGACCAAGAACACCUUUGAGGUCUUCCCUGUGAGCAACACCGGGGCUCCCAUCGGCGAGUUCCCCUUCACCAGGACCGGCCUGCUGGGGUUCAUCGGACCCGCUGGGCUUAUCUUCGUGGCGGGGAAGAUGGACGGUCUGAUGGUGGUCGGAGGGCGGCAGCACAACGCCGACGACAUCGUCGCCACGGCGCUCGCUGUGGAGCCGAUGAAGUUUGUGUACAGGGGCAGGAUAGCGGUGUUCUCCAUCACCGUGCUGCAUGAUGAGAGGAUCGUGGUGGUGGCGGAGCAGCGGCCCGACUCCACCGAGGAAGACAGCUUCCAGUGGAUGAGCCGAGUUCUGCAGGCGAUAGACGGCAUCCAUCAGGUGGGGGUGUACUGCCUGGCUCUGGUGCCCUCCAACACUCUGCCCAAGACUCCCUUGGGUGGUAUCCACCUGUCCGAGACCAAGCAGCUGUUCCUGGAGGGAGCGCUGCACCCCUGCAACGUGCUCAUGUGUCCCCACACCUGCGUCACCAACCUGCCCAAACCCCGGCAGAAGCAGCCAGAGAUCGGUCCAGCGUCUGUGAUGGUGGGCAACCUGGUGUCGGGGAAGAGGAUCGCCCAGGCUAGCGGCAGGGAUCUGGCUCAGAUCGAAGACAAUGACCAGGCAAGGAAGGUGUGUGUGAGAAGGGGGGGGGGGGCUGCUGGUUUUCACCAUCUGCAGGAGCAAAGGUUCACGGUCCGACUAGUAGAGAGGGGAUCACCACACAGCCUGCCUCUGAUGGAGUCUGGGAAGAUCCUGCCGGGGGUCCGAAUCAUCAUCGCCAACCCAGAGACCAAGGGACCAAUGGGAGAGUCGCAUCUGGGCGAGAUCUGGGUGCACAGCGGCCACAACGCCAGCGGCUACUUCACCGUCUACGGAGACGAGGCGCUGCAGUCGGACCAUUUCAACUCCAGGCUCAGCUUCGGAGACACGCAGACCCUCUGGGCCCGGACCGGGUACCUGGGCUUCCUCCGCAGGACCGAGCUGACCGACGCCAGCGGUGGUGAGCAGAGCUGGGGGGAAUCUUCAAUACCAAGAAGACCAGGAGCGGAUCAGCGGACCGACCUGCAGGCAGAUGGCCAGGUUGACCCGGCAGCCGAAGGAGGUGCUGACGGCUCGCGGGUGCAGUCCCAGGUCCUUGAAGAGUUUGGAGAAGGACUGCGUCAGGGAUAUCCUGGGACGCUCCUCCGCUACAACCACACACGUCCUCACCCGAGACAGCGACUCGGUCUGCAGGCCCAGGCCUUUGGUGCAGAGCUCCAUGACGCUGUAGGAGCAGAAGGUAUCGCGGACUUUGUACUGACUGACGACCGACAGCCAGAGAGCCGGGUUCACCUCCAGCUCGGCUGGAGGAAUCAGGAUGGACUGGCACCAGAGGACGAAGCCCAGGCCGCAGUACGGGUCCAGGCAGAUGGCGACCUCCCUCGACGGGUAAAGCUCACACUGAAGCUUGAUGGAGCGGCAGAAGGCACUGGUGGCUGUGUGAGACAUCUACAACAAUCAUCUUCCUGUUGUUUGUUCCCGUGUGCCUCCAGCGCCGUGUUCACGUGGACCAACCUGCUGGUGGUGGUGGUGGAGCUGGAUGGCUCGGAGCACGAGGCCCUGGACCUGGUCCCCCUGGUCACCAACGUGGUCUUGGAGGAGCACUACCUGAUCGUGGGCGUGGUGGUGGUGGUCGACAUCGGCGUCAUCCCCAUCAACUCCCGCGGCGAGAAGCAGCGCAUGCACCUGCGCGACGGCUUCCUGGCCGACCAGCUGGAUCCCAUCUACGUGGCCUACAACAUGUAG